GAUAGUGACGCUGUGUUGCCGUUAGCUUUCACAGUGGAAUGCCGCUUUCUGGAUUGUUUACUCCGUAUGUGUCCAAAUGUUGACCAUUCCUAGUUUGUGAUAUCACCUCUGCAGUCACCGCCUGCCCCUCUUAUAGACACGUGAUCAAUGACGGCUCUGGUCAGCCAUGGCUGUUGUGUCAUGGAAGGAGAUUUUACUUUUGACUGGACUGGUGGUGGGAUGUUACUGGAACAGUCUGUCGUGCGGCUUUGUGUUUGAUGAUGUCUCGGCAAUCCUCGACAACAAGGACCUGCGGCCCGUCACACCUCUCCGCAACCUGUUCCUCAAUGACUUCUGGGGAACACCCAUGGCAGAGGAGCGGAGCCAUAAAUCCUACAGACCCCUGACUGUACUCACCUUCAGACUGAACUACCUCUUCAGCGAGCUGAGCGCAGCCUCCUACCAUCUGCUCAACGUGGUUUUACACGGCGUCGUGUGUGUGCUCUUCCUGCGGGUGUGCAGAUUGUUUCUGGAUAAGACCUCCAGCCUGGUGGCGGCAUUGCUGUUUGCUGUGCAUCCCAUCCAUACUGAAGCUGUUACAGGUGUGGUCGGCAGAGCUGAACUUCUGUCUUCAAUCUUCCUCCUGGCUGCUUUCCUGGCCUACACCAAAUCCACAGGUGCCGAUCACUCCAUAGUUUGGGCUCCGAUCGCUCUCACAGUCAUUCUCGUGGCUGCAGCAACACUGUGUAAGGAGCAGGGAAUCACUGUCGUCGGCAUCUGCUGUGUCCAUGAAGUGUUUGUCGCCCAAGGGUUCACCCUGCCCAUGUUGUUGGACACACUGCGGCAAGUCCUGCAGGGUAAAGACGGUUUCCCCUACGCUGUCCUGCAGACUCUGCUAAAGCUCAUUGUCCUCGUCAUCAGCACCCUGCUGCUCGUCAUCAUCAGGGUCCAAGUCAUCCAGUCCCAACUUCCUGUCUUCACCAGAUUUGAUAACCCGGCAGCAGUCAGCCCCACUCCUGCCAGACAGCUGACUUUCAACUACCUACUUCCUGUAAAUGCGUGGCUUCUGCUGAACCCCUCUGAGCUCUGCUGCGACUGGACGAUGGGCACCAUCCCUCUGGUGGAGUCGCUCCUGGACCUCCGUAACCUGGCCACCCUGGUGUUCUACACUUUCCUGGGCCUGCUAGCUUACCACAGCCUGCGCUACAGACACAGCUCUGCCAAGACUGUCAUCAUGGCCCUGUCUUUGAUCGUCCUGCCUUUUAUUCCUGCGUCCAACCUCUUCUUCCCUGUGGGCUUUGUGGUGGCAGAGAGGGUACUCUAUGUGCCCAGUAUGGGCUUCUGUGUUCUUGUGGCUCAUGGAUUCAAGGUGGUCACACACAAAGGACACAUGAAGAAAGUUUCCUGGUUGAUAAUCGGGGUUCUUUUAACGACACAUGCAGUGAAAACUUUCAACAGAAACUGGGACUGGGAGUCAGAAUACACUCUGUUCACCUCUGCCCUCAAGGUCAACAAGAACAACGCCAAGCUGUGGAAUAAUGUCGGCCACGCUCUCGAGAACCAAAACAAUUAUGCAAGAGCUCUGCGGUAUUUCCUCCAGGCCACCCGCGUCCAGCCAGAUGACAUCGGUGCUCACAUGAAUGUUGGACGAACCUACAAGAACCUGAACAAGUCCAAAGAAGCAGAAGAUGCCUACUUGGUUGCCAAAUCCCUCAUGCCACAGGUUAUUCCUGGGAAGAAGUACGCGACACGUGUGGCCCCGAACCAUCUCAAUGUUUACAUAAACCUGGCCAAUCUGAUCCGGGCUAACGAGUCCAGACUGGAGGAGGCCGACCAGCUCUACAGACAGGCGAUCAGCAUGAGACCAGACUUCAAACAGGCCUACAUCAGCAGAGGGGAGCUGCUGCUGAAGAUGAACAAGCUCACUGAAGCCCGGGACGCCUACCUCCGAGCCCUGGAGCUCGACCGCACCAACGCCGACCUGUGGUACAAUCUGGCCAUCGUCAACAUCGAGAUGAAGGACCCGUCAGAGGCCCUGAAGAACUUCAACCACGCCCUGGAGCUCAACCCUCGCCACAAGCUGGCGCUCUUCAACUCAGCGCUUCUCAUGCAGGAGUCUGGUGAGCCAAAGUUCUGGCCUGAGGCAAACCGCCGUUUCCUGACCUACGUGGAGGAGGACCCUGACGAUGCCAACGGCUACUUCAACCUCGGAAUGCUGGCCAUGGAUGCUAAUGAAAAUGCAGCAGCUGAGCGGUGGAUGCGUAAAGCCAUCGGUCUGCAGGCGGGCUUCCGCAGUGCUCUGUUCAACCUGGCGCUGCUCUACUCUCAGUCCAAACGUGAGAUUGAUGCUCUGCCCGUGUUAGACGAGCUGCUGCGUCACCACCCGGAGCACAUCAAGGGCCUGAUCCUGAAGGGCGACAUCCUCAUGAACCACAAGAAGGACACGCAGGGUGCUAAAGCCUGCUUUGAGCGCAUUUUGCGCAUGGACCCCACCAACGUGCAAGGCAAGCACAACCUGUGCGUGGUCUACUUUGAGGAGCGUGACCUGCCGCGUGCUGAGCGCUGCCUAGAGGAAACACUGGCCCUGGCACCCAACGAGGAGUACGUGCGUCGUCACUUGAGCAUCGUACGAAGUAAAAUGGCAGCCAUGAGCGCAGCGGGGCAGCCACUCACCUCAGCAGGGGGAGCCACUGCAUCUGCUAAGGAGGAAAAGCCGAAGAGGGUUAAAGAGGCAGCGGAGGAGGCUGCUGAGGGAGAGGAGGAAGGGAGGGGUGCUGAUGUUGAUGGGAAGGAGGCUGGAGAUGAGAAGAAUGUGCGGAAAUCCUCUGCAGAAAGCCUCGGAGGAGCGGGCGUGGACCAAUCAGAGUCUUUGGACAGUAGCCAGUCUGACAAGCAGACUAAGGGUAAGUCCACUAAAGAGAUUAAAGAUAUAGAGAAAAAAAGGGCAGCGGCCUUAAAGAGACUAGAGGAGAUUGAGCGCAUAUUGAGUGGUGAUUGACACUGUUGUAAUUUAUAGCGGGACUACUUUUAUAGAGCUCUUUAAUGCUCCGAGACAAACUGCAUUCCCCCUGCUUUGGGAAUGUGUCCUCCUAAUCAAGUGUCAUUUUACUCUUUUGAUUUAUCCACUCGUUUGCAGGCUGCUCGGCAUGGCCCUGUUGAUUUAACACUAAUCAUGUAAAGAAGGGAAACGUUGAUCUGCACAUGAAACUCAUGUAACAAUAAGCACAAAGCCAAUUUGGGAUAAUCUAUUUAAAGCUUCUGGCAGACGUAGCUGCCAGUGUGUGUGUGCUUCAUCUGAAUGUGAUUUCACAUAUCGUAGAUCUGCAGUAGCUAUAAAUAUUUGUUUUUCUAUGUGUAGUCAUUGUUAAUCACUGGAUUUUUUUUCUUUCACUAAGAUGUGACUCACUUGUUAUUGUUUUUAAAAACAGAAUGAUUGUAUCAUGGACAAUUAAAGGAAAUGACGUGUUGCCCAGAUUUCCUCAAGGCAGGAUGAUAUCUGCAGAGUUCGCACCUCAAAAUAACCCAAACCACACAGAGAGAGAAAAAACCCCUCCAUGCUACAUCAACACUGCGCUCACACGUCUCCUAAUCUGUAUUGAUCUCAGUCGGCACUUCCUGCCUGUACAUCAUAAACCUCUGCGCUCACAGCUGCUUUUGCCUCAAAAUUUCAUUGUGAUCCAAUUUAAAGACGAUUAUCUCACUCUCUUUGUCACAUUACCGCCUCGCAGCUCAGCGCCUGUCUCCCAUCUUUCAGACACACACAACAACUGCUGUUCUGAGUUAACGACACCAUAUGCAUCGCCUUGAUUAGGCCAACACCAAUUUAUUGAUGCACGCUCAUCCUCAGCGUUCGGCUUCAUCAUGUGCUCCUCAUUUUUAAGUUCCUUCCGCUCUCAAGGGAAAAUUUUCUCAGCACAUUUGCAAGUCAACAGAUUCUCACAUUGGUCCGGCUUCAAAGCACCGAAGUUGUUUAAGCUUCCUGCCAAUAAAACAACAUUAGGAUGUUUGUAACGGCCUCUGUGUUCACUGCAUUCACUAUUUACACUUGGGAUCACUGUGAAUCAGAAGUACACUGCAGCUCUCUGUAUUUACUCACGUAAGACUUCUGCAGGCGAGUACACAAAUUAAAACCACAGACUGUGUGAAUUAAUGGACGUAGCCGCCGUGACGUGAACAAGCCCCCAGGAACAGCGUCAUCUGAUGCUCUGUGGCCCAAAGACUUACACUAGACGUCUGUAAAUCGGUGGAUGAAUGUUUUGUGUGUCGGAUCAAAUGGAUCAAAUCCUGAUUAGAUCCAUUUGAUCCGAUAACAUUUGGAAAGUCUUUAUGAGCUGCAAGUUUAAAUAAUUUUACCCCCAUUCAAGUUGGCAGAGCACUAAACUGGUAGUCUCUAGUGCUUUCCUGUGUGGGCCCCACAGUGUAGAAGAUCCAUGUAAUUUCAUACUGCAGAAAUAAAGCUUUUUUUUUUUUUUUUUUUUUGGCUUCACGAACAGGGUAUCCCGGUCUCUUUGUUUUGGUUCUGAAGCCUUGAAUUUGGAAUUUUGGCUGCCACCAUCUUGGAUCUUUUGAGCCAUAAGUGACCGUAUUCAGACGUGAUGGUGAAGAAUACCCUAACGUUAGCUACUAGCUUUGUUAGCACAGUACAUUAAACAGGUUUGGUUAACUGUGAUAAUGCUAAUUUUCACACGUGAAAAACAAAACGUACCCACCAGAAAAAAUAAAUAUCCAACUUUUUCAGGUGACAUAAACAUUGCAGUUAAUUUGACUCCCAGUUACUUUACAUAAAAGGCAUUAGAUGAUGGUAACGACAUUAAUGAGCGGCUUUUUAAAUGCAAAGGCAAAUUUGAACAUGAAAUAUAACAAUACGUGAACUCCUAACAGUUUAAAGUAGUGGUUCCCAGCUGGUGGGUUGUGGGUCCAUUCUGAAUGGGACCGCAAGUAACUCACGAACAUGUCAAGAUUUGUAAAUAACACAUUUUGUCUGCUUUUAUUUUGAAGUGCUGUUUCCUGCUGUGGAGUGAGUGACUAACAGACAGCUACUUGACAGAGACAGCAAACUAGCUCGACGACACGGCCAAACGCAAGAAUGACGCCAAAUGUAUUAAACUGUGGACCUUGAACUAAUGACGAAGAAGAAAUCUGGACCCUGUGGUCGGACCAGUUGGGAGCCACUGCUUUAAAGUUAAAUAUAUAAAUGCAACAUGUUAAUUUUUGUAAACUAGUGCAUUUUGACAUGGGGGUCUAUGGAGAUUGACUUGUUCUUGGAGCCAGCCUUAUUCAGUUAGAGGAACUGCAAUAUGCGUUGGCUUUAUUUUUCAGUCCCAGAGGUUGCUGCUUGAUUAAAACUUGUGAAAAUUCGAAAAGCCCAAAUCUCUCCUGCUCUCGUUUUGACGAGGCCAUGAUAAAACCCAGCGCCUGAUGAUUUCAAUAAUAGGCCAAUAACUGACUUUAAAAAACACUUCUGUUUCUGUACAAACACUAUCAGAGCCCUGGUAGGCAUUAACUAUGUGUGAGCUCAGCUGAAUGUAGCUGUGAGGCAGGUCAACAAUAUUCAGAGCAUCAUGCUUCCAUGAUGUUCCUGUUUUUACGUCACAGUGCAAUAAUUAUUUUCAGUCUGUUGACCCUCUGCUCAGUGCAGCUCUUCAUGGUGGAGGUGCAGGAAGUUAGCGGCGCUGUGGUGGUACUAAGGAGACUUGCUAUGCAUUGACCUUGUUCAGCCCUGACAUUCUGUGUACAUAUAUUUACAGUGUUGGUGUAUCCAGUGUUAUUUAUUAUGUUUGUAUGCACUGCAAUGCUGUAGAUGUUUUGUUUACCACUCACAGUAUGCUUUAAAUUCAUGGUGCAUUAUUUUGUUAAUUUUCGACGUGUCAUUUAAACAUAGAUGUUUUUCACUUAAACAACAGAGCCAUGUCAGUGUUAAACAUGUAUGAAACAUCCAAUCAACUGUCUGCCGCGAAUCGUAGGUACAGCUUUGAACGAGCAAACAUCCUGUUUGGAACAUUUUGUUUCACCUCAUCUUCUGAGUGGCUGAUUUUUGUACAAUUUAAGAUUUUUGUUUUUUUAAGCAAUAGCCCUGGGUGGUGGGGGUCUAGGUUAUUAAAUAAAGUGAGAUGACAACUCA